AUGCUUAAAUUUGGCGGGUACUCUACCCUAACACGAGGUCGACAUUGGAGAGCAAUAAUAAUUGGCUUCCUCCAGGUUUGUUUAUGUGCGCCCGUUCCCAUUAAGGUUUGCUUGGAUGGGUGCUGCAGCUAG